AUGAAAAUGUUUAAGAAAAUGAAUGAUUUGGAGAGAGAAGUAUUGAAAGGUUUGAGACAUUCCAUAUCAAUAAACAUAAUAAAAACAGAAGAAAAUGAUAUUGAGGAUGGUCAAAUGAAUGUAUUUAAUGAAGGUUUUGAAGAAAGAUAUCAUGAUGAAAUAGAAUUUGUAGCUUUAAUAUACCCAAUUUUGAAUGAUGGAAUUUAUGAAUUUUAUUUGGAUGAGGAAGGAAUAACAAGAGAAAAAGUGAAGUUUAAUACUGAUUCGAAUAACGAAAUAAUCAACAUUGGGAACAAAAAUAAGGAAAAUCCUAGCAAAAAACGAAAACUUUUUUAA